CUGCAUGAAUGCGCAAAAUUGGAUAAAAAUUGAAUAUUUUCAAGAACGUUUCGAAAGCUUACUAUAAAGUAUGACCUUUAGAAGUAAUUAUAGAUUUUGUUUCUUAGCAUUAAAUUCUUAAUAUUACCUGUGACUUAUUUUGAGCUAUUCUAUAAUAUUUCUAUAUUGAUGAGGCAAAGAAUGCUUCUUUAUCAUAUAUAAUAGGUCAUCCUUCUGAUUGUAUCAGGAUUAACCUCACCAUUUUUCCUAUAUACAUUCUUAAUUUCACGAAUGUCUUCGUCACACAUCGUUCCAUAUUCCUACCACCAACUGAAAUUUGAACUUUAUUCAAUUAUGUUACCAACUAAUUUACUAUAUUUACUAAUUAAAUUUAAAGAAGGGUUUAUAACCAAUUUAUUGAUAUGA